GCUCCACCACGCCCCGUCCCCGCCGCCACUCCCCGCGUGACCGGCUGCGAUCUCGGAAGCCGGGACCGCCCGCCGGACGGACGAAUCCCCUGCCGCGGGCCAGGGGAGGUCCCCGAGCCGCUCUUCGUCAAGGAGACCAAGGAAUCUUCAAAUCUCCAUCCCGACUAUUUGGUUCCUGGUGCCAUCGAUGCUGCCCAGACCUGGGAUCUACUACUUCCCCUGGGAAGUCAGUGAUGGCCAAGUUCCCGACGGAAGCACGCUGCGAACUUUUGGCAGGUUGCUCUGCUAUGACAUGACACGCUCCCUGGUGACCCUGGCAGCAAAGCAAAGAUCUGAUCAGUGCCAGCUGCGCGUCUGCACGAAGUUGGUGGAACCCUUUGAGCCGCGUGUGGGCUUCCUGUACAUGGUUCUUGGGGAGCUGGAGCAUGAGGAGGAUGAAGGUUCUGUGGUGAAGGCCCGACUGCUCACCUGUGUGGAGGGGAUGGAUCUGUCCUUGUUAGAAAAAGCCAUCCUGGAGCAGAGGCUGUGCCUGCAGAAGAAGCAGCAGCCAAUAGGAGUCACCAGCACCUUGCCCUCGCCUCCAGCUGCUCCUCCUUCCCAUUGACAGCCUUCGCCUGG